AUGGAUGAAGAUAAUCUGUUUGGUGGUGAUCUGAGCGAUAGCAGUAGCGACGAGGAGACUGAAACGGAAAACUCAAACGCCCCACCUCAAACAUCUGUUUCUGUAAAGGAGGAACAAGGCACUGUCAAAGAAGAGAAAAAAGAUCCGUUGAGACCAAAAGUGAGCUUUUCACUAGCAGACGAUGAAGAAUCCAACGAUGGCAUAUCCAUCUUCAGCGGCUUGGGUGAUAGCGGGGCGCUGAAUUUACCUGUAAGCAAAGCUACGAAAAGAAAGGUUUGUUUGUGA